UUGGAAAGUGUCGGACGUACCUCUCUCUUGGGUUGUGAGAACUCCAUCUUCCAAGCCUGGGCUGUGGAGAGUUUGAUCUUUGGGUCCCCGGGACUUAGAGACUGGAAAGGAGACGGUAGGGCCUUGUGUCCACACUGGAGUCCUGUCCCUAACCUUGACCCGGCCGAUCUCUAUCUCCGGGUCAGGAGCUAUUACGAAGAAUCCAGGUCCAAAUUUCUGAGUAUAACCUUGCUUCUCCUAGAACUAAUGAAGUCUUCCGUUUAUCUGUCAAGCCCUUAUGGCUUGAAAGCCAGGACGAGAUAUGACCAUUUUAAUGGCUUUCACUCCUUUUCUGACUUAAGUUUGGCGUAUGAUCGAGAGAAGAAACGACUCCGUCUAGAAUAAUCUUGUCCCGUUAUUUAUAUGAGAUGUGGUCUUUUUCAUUUUUAAAACUGUUUUAAGUUUAGGCCUGAUGUAACUUUUUAAUGGCCAUUUUUUUUGCGUUAUUUAAAUCUGGACGUAGUCACAAUUAGUAGUUUUAUGGCUGAAGUGAUAAGUAGUCUGUAUCUUAAAGUGAAUGACUUUGUUGAGUGGUUUUCUUUAGUAUAGAUGACGUCGUUGCUACCUCUCUUGGCUAAUAAUAAUUCCCGACAUACCAGUAAGGUUGUUCACUGCAAACAGUGCCCUUUAGAAGAGCAGAGAACGAACUGGGUUAGUGUAAGGGCAGCCUCUAGAGACUCUGAGUUGGAAUGAUAAUGACAGAAUCCAGGGCAGUUAUACACGUAGAGCCUCCCGCUGAGACUUCGCAAGAGCAAGCAGACCUUCUCAUAGUGAAAGUGGAAGAAGAGGACUGUUCCUGGAUGCAGGGAUACCGGACUCGGCCAGUGCUUGAGACUUUUUACCAGCGCUUCAAGCACUUCAAGUACCAUGAGGCAGCAGGUCCCCGGGAUGCUCUCAGCCAGCUCCGGGUUCUCUGCUGUGAGUGGCUGAGGCCGGAGCUGCACACCAAAGAGCAGAUCCUGGAGCUGCUGGUGCUGGAGCAGUUCCUCACCAUCCUGCCUGAAGAGUUUCAGGCCUGGGUGAGAGAACAUCACCCGGAGAGCGGAGAAGAAGCUGUGGCCGUGAUAGAGAGUAUCCAGAGAGAACUGGAGGAGCGAGGGCAACAGAUUGCCACAAAUCCUGAAGUUCUUCCUCAGAAGAUGGUACCACCUGGAGCCACGCACGAGUCCUUCAGUCACCAGUUUCUGCCUGUGGAGGCCCAGUCUGAUCAAGAGCCACAGAAUCUUCUGGAGGAAAAUGCCCUUCCUGUUCUCCAGGUUCCUUCCGUUCCCCUGAAGGACAGCCAGGAGCUGACAGAUUCACUCCUCUCAGCUGGGCCCCAGAAGUUGGUGAAGAUUGAAGAUGUGGCUGAUGUAGCUGUGUCCUUCAUCCUGGAGGAAUGGGGACAUUUGGACCAGUCCCAGAAGUCUCUUAGUAGAGAUGGCAGAAAGGAGGAUUGUGAGAGCACCACUCCUGUGGAUUAUGAGCCCAAGGAGGGCAACUUAGAGCUUGUGGUGCAGCAGACCUCUGAUGCAGCUGACCCACACUGGGUGGCUGCAGAAAGCACAGAAAAGAACUGUGUUCAGCGUCAAGAGGCUGUGGAAGUCAGUGACCUGGUGCAGGUGCAGGACAUGGUGCAGAGGUGGCAAGUGAAUCCCACUUCGGGGAAUCCAAGGCAGAAAAGAUCUCUGAGCUCAGGUCAGGAUGUCAACCGGAAGCAGAAAUCGAACGGCGAGCGAGGCCACAGAUGCGGUGACUGCGGGAAGUUUUUUCUCCAAGCCUCAAACUUCCUUCAGCACCGGAGGAUCCACACAGGAGAGAAACCGUUUAAAUGUGGGGAGUGUGGGAAAAGCUACAAUCAGCGGGUGCACCUCACUCAGCACCAGAGAGUCCACACCGGCGAGAAGCCCUACAAGUGCCAGGUGUGCGGGAAAGCCUUCCGAGUGAGCUCCCAUCUGGUGCAGCAUCACAGCGUCCACAGUCGGGAGAGGCCGUACGGCUGUAAUGAGUGCGGGAAGAGCUUUGGGCGACACUCGCACCUGAUCGAGCACCUGAAGCGCCACUUCAGAGAGAAAUCCCAAAGAUGCAGCGACAGAAGAAGUAAGAACACUAAACUAAACAUUAAACAAAUUCCAGGACUUUCAGAAGCAGACAUGGAACUAUCGGGAGAAGUCCAAAGGAACACUUGUGAGGCUGAAGGUCACAGUGAGGGCUGUGACCACCAGGAUGGGACAGGUGGACAGCAGGGGGUUGUCAUGAAGGAAACCCUAGGACAAUCCUCUUCAAAGAGGACAGACUGCAAUGAGUUCAGCUAUGUCCACAAGAAGUCCUCUCCAGGAGAGAGGCCGCACAAGUGUAACGAAUGCGGGAAAAGCUUCAUCCAGAGCGCACACCUCAUUCAGCAUCGGCGAAUCCAUACUGGGGAGAAACCGUUCAGGUGUGAGGAGUGUGGGAAAAGCUACAACCAGCGUGUCCACCUGACUCAACAUCACCGAGUCCACACGGGUGAGAAGCCCUACACCUGCCAUUUAUGUGGGAAAGCCUUCCGAGUGAGGUCCCACCUCGUUCAGCACCAGAGUGUGCACAGCAGGGAGAGGCCCUUCAAGUGCAACGAGUGUGGGAAGGGCUUUGGGAGGCGUUCGCAUCUCGCCGGUCACCUCCGACUCCACUCAAGAGACAAGUCGCACCAGUGCCACGAGUGUGGAGAAAUCUUCUUCCAGUACGUCAGCCUCCUUGAACACCAAGUGCUCCACGUGGGCCAGAAGAGUGAGAAGAACAGUGUCUGCGAAGAGGCCUACAGCUGGAACCUGACUGUAAUCGAAGAUAAGAAGCUGGAGUUACAGGAGCAGCCUUACCAGUGCGAUUCCUGCGGGAAAGCCUUCAGUUUCAGUUCUGACCUCAUUCAGCAUUACAGAACUCACUCUGCGGAGAAACCCCAGAAAUGCGAUGCAUGCAGGGACAGCACCGGCCAGUGUCCGCACAUAAAACAGCAACAGAAAAGCUGCCCCAGUGGGAAAUCCCACCAAUGCAGUGAGUGUGGAAGGGGCUUCAGUCUGAAGUCUCAUCUCAGUCAGCAUCAGAGGAUCCACACUGGCGAGAAGCCCUUCCAGUGCAAAGAGUGUGGAAUGAGUUUCAGCUGGAGCUGUAGCCUCUUCAAACAUCUGCGAAGCCACGAGAGGAUCGAUCCCUAAGCACCUGCAGCAGGCAGGAAUCUGUGUUGGGGAGCAGCCGUGCAACAACAUCAAGAAUGUUUCCAUCUUAACAAUCAGAGCUACAGACGAGGGGAGACCCUGUUAGGUAGAGCUUAGCCUUCAGGGACACUGGAGCAUCCCCUGAGUGCUCCGUUAGCAUCUUUAUGCUCAGAACCUCUGGCAAGGUGUGGUGCUCACCUGGACGCCUGGGGAAGCAGAGGCAGGCAAAUAGCUGGUUUACAUCGCAAGUUCCAGGCCAGCCAGAGCUACAUAGUGAGACCCCUGGGUGAGAGACAGACACCUCUGGGCCUUGUAGAUGAAGGAGAGUCUUGACAUGGCACUGUCUGAGUCAUGAGUGCAGUAGAAAGAAGCUUGUUUGUAGUCUCCACCUUGACAGCAUAGCUAUUCAGAGAGUCAUGCCUCGAAAGGAAUGCUUCUGCGUGAUGCCUAUCUUGGUACAUCUCUGGAAACGACUGUCCUAACCACUAUAGUACUCCAGCCAUUGUUCCCAUCCUGAGUAUUAAACCUUUUGAAAAGACACUGA